AGUCGACGCUCAACCUCGGUGCGGAGAGGACACGCUCUCGCUGUCUCCGAAACUUGCUACUUGGGAGAACUUUUAUCGUAGUCGUAAACUUAGUGAAGAAAAAGUAAAAUUCGUGCAGCUUUCUUUUUUGGGGAAUGCAAGUGAACCUAACUUGUUGAGAUGGAACAGUGAGCGGACAGAAUCAUCAGUCUUCAGGCCAGACUUUGACUGAGAAAAGGGAACGUCUUGAAGAACUGAAAGAAAUGUGCUGACUGAGUGUGGACUGUGGAGCUUUGAAAGAGACACCACACAAAGGAAGGACGCCCUAGAAAAGUCAUUCGAAAAAGAAUUCAUACUGAAGCGAAAAAGAAAAAGUCGAGUUGAUCAAUCAGUGAGGACGAUCUUGGCUUGAUGUGUGACGACGAUGAUGACGUGACACUCCUUCGCCAGUGAUUCCAUGUGAAGCGGAGGUAGUAACUAUGGCGACAUCACAUCUUAUAGCACCAUGGCCCCGAGGAGCAGCAGCAUCUGCACCUCUGUUCGUCUUCCUGCUCCUCUCCGCUUCCCCUCAAGGUGCAGCGGGGCAGGACCAGGCUUUCCGCGAGAGGCCUGACAGCGUGCAAGUGAGGGCAGGCAGCGAUGUGUUCCUGCGCUGUGCCGUGGACCACCAGCAGGGCAAGGCACAGUGGACAAAGGACGGCUUCGCUCUGGGCUUCGAGCGGAACGUGCCAGGCUACCCGAGAUACCAGUAUUCAGGAGAGGCGGCGCUGGGGGAGCACCACCUUAUCAUCAAGGGCAUCACGCUGGAGGAUGACGGCGAGUACCAGUGCCAGGUCGGCCCCACCGCCAACGCCCGCCCCAUCUGGGCCGCCGCCAAUGUCACUGUCAUGGUGCCGCCGGGGAGCAUCAAGGUGGCGGGGCGGCUGGAGGGUGAGGUGGUGGUGGCGACGGAGGGGGAGGAAGUACAGCUGGAGUGUGUGGUGGGCGAUGCACGGCCGGAACCUUCUCUCGCUUGGUACCGAUCCGGGAUUCUAGUGGACGCUGCGCUGCAGAGCACGGUGAGGAAGCCAUCGACGCGGCGGAGGUUAGUGAGUUUGACGAGCAGACUCACAGUGAAGGCCACGAGAGCAGACGACAUGAAACAGUACACGUGUCGAGCACUGCAUCCCGCUCUGCAGCACCCCGCCCUGCCCCUAGCCGCAUCUGUUACUCUCUCCGUCCUGCACCCUCCCGAGCCGCCAGUCAUUACUGGAUACCGUACCGGGGAAGUGCUGGCGGCAGGGGAGCGACGCACCCUCACCUGCCGAGUAGUGGGCGGUAAUCCAGGCCCGUGGGUCACCUGGUACUGGCAUCAAGUCCUGCCCAACAACACGAUUCGCACGCAGGCCAGGAAGAGCGUCCACCUCAACGAUAAAACGAGCAGCGGUCUGAGGAGCCGCGGUGCCACGGUGACGCAGCAGGUGACUGCCUCCAGAACAGAUGAUGGGGCUAAAUACGAGUGCCGCGUCACCAGCGACCAGCUUAGCCGACCUUAUUCCGCUAACGUCACCCUCACUGUCCAUUACGCGCCGGCGCAGGUACGAGUGAACGGGCCCAGCGUGGUGACGAUGGGACAGCGCUACACCCUCACCUGCCUCACCUCCCCCGCCAACCCACCCGCCACCCUCACCUGGAUCCUGGAUGGUGAACGGAUGAACACAACGACAACAACAGUGACGAGGGACGAUGGAGGAGGCUGGAUCACAUCUUCGGAGCUGAGUGGCAAGGCGGGACGGGCCAGCGGAGUGCGGAUGGUGCAAGCCAGGUGUGAGGCGAAACAUUUGGAGUCUUCUGGCGUCCUCACUCAUUCCCGCAACAUUACCGUCUUGCGUCCUCCAAGUCAGCCAACAGUAGAACUCAAUGCCAAGGGUCAGGUGGUGGCGGGCAGCCUUGUGGAGUUCACGUGUAUCACUAAGGGAGGACACCCGCCCCCUAAAGUCAGGCUUUAUAAGAGCGAGAAGGAACUGACGGCGCAGACAGCAGUGCGGGGCGGCGUGACCAAGGUGACGGCAACGAUGACGGCAGCUGCGGAGGACAACGGGGCGAGGAUGCGAUGUGAGGCAACCAAUUCCGCCCUUCCCGCGCCCCUCACUGCCGUCACUACCCUCAACCUCCUCUUUCCAGCGUGGGAGGUGCGAGGCUGGGCCAACCCUCGCAGCGUAGAGAUGGGCCAUGUUGUGACCCUUACAUGCGAAUCUUCGGCCAGCGUGCCCCCUUCUACCAUCACCUGGCACACCUCCAGCAACGCCCUCGCACAGCCCUCCUCCAGACAGUCCCCAGGGAGCUUCGGCGGAACGAUCACCAGGUCUGAGAUGCGUGUACGAGUGCGCGCCGAGGACCAAGGCCGCGUAGUGACCUGCGAGGCUGACAACGGUCUGGAUGUGACAGUGGCAACGAACAUUACUUUGGACGUGUUGCACGCCCCGGUGUGGGUGGAGGCCCCGCGAGGGAGAGUGGACGCUGUAGAGGGGGACAACGUUACCAUCAUCGCCAAAGCUCAAGCCAAUCCAGGCCCAAUCAAGUACAAGUGGCGGCGAGGAACGGAGGAGAUCGGGAACGGCACUGGCGGGGACGGGGCGCUAAGACUGGGGCCCCUACACCGCCUGCACUCCAACAACUACACGGUCACUGCCACCAGCCCCCACGGCACAGUCUCCUCCAACUUCUACCUCAACGUACAGUACGGACCAGAGCACAUCGAGGCAGAGAGACGCGUCAAUGUAGCUCGGAACAAGUCUGCCACGGUCUCCUGCUCUGCCUCAGGGAACCCCAUGCCGACCAUUACCUGGACCAAGAAGACCAGCAACGUGACGGGACGUUUGCUAGCGGAGGGCGUUGGGGAGGCGCACCUGGUUGUCAAGAUGGCAUCACCCGCGGACACUGGCGUCUACCUGUGCCAAGCCUCCAGCCCCGUGGCCACAGCGCCCCACGUGCCCUCGACCAUAGUGGUGGAGCAGGCGCCGUGGUGGAGCAACCGUCGCCCGGGGGAUGUGGUGGGCAGUUCGUGGGCGCCUCUGAGUGGGAGUGGGGUGCUUGAGUGCCACAUAAAGGCCCACCCGCCCCCAACCUUCCACUGGGCUACCCGGGACGGAAGAACGAUCACCCCCAGCAGGAAGUACACCUUUCUGCCGCCAAAGCUGGUGGACGGCGUGGUGGAGUGGUCCUCAAGGUUGGAAGUCCGCAGCGUUACCCCCGAGGACUACACCACCUACACGUGCACGGCCACCAACGCCCUGGGCAAGCACACGUCAACACUCACCCUCACCCCACCAGUCCCGCCCGCCACGCCUAAACAUCUUGCCGUAGCCAACGUGACCACUGGAGAGGUGUUGCUGGUGUGGCGGCCAGACCUCAGCCGCAGCAUCCCGUCUGGUUACCUGGUCAACGUGUGGCGAAACAGCGAAACGGGUGUACAGGUCCUGAACGUGUCUGGCAGCGAGAGAACGAGUACCCUGGUAGGGGACCUCUCGCCGGGCAUUCUCUACUCUUUCACCGUGCAGGCGUUCAAUCCUCAGGGCGUGUCAAGGCCGUCCGUGCCUCCCCUCACCGCCACCACGCUGGGAGUGGCGGAGAGUGCCAGCAGCAGCAGCAGCAGUGGCAGCGGUGACGGCGGAGGUGCGAGCGGGUCAAGAGUGCCGCGCCUCAUCUUGCUCAUCAUGACGUUGGCAGGGACGGCGCUCCUCGCUCUCAAUAUUGCCAUUAUUGCCUGUUUUGUCCGGCGCAGAGCAGCACACAACAACCGCGGAGUCUCCGCCUCCUCCAGUAAAACCACCACGCUGGAGGUAUUCUCGCCCGCCACCACGCCCGGCACCACGCAGGGCGACGAGCUUCCCAUCACCUCCACCAAGGGCCUCACUGCUAUCACUAGGCAGUGCGUGGAGGGACAGCCAAGCCUGGGAGACACGGAACAGACCAGUCUCUUUCACAGUAAUGACCACGGUGGAUCUCUCGCCGCCCCACUGGACCCAGGCCUCUCUGCCACUGCCCCCAGAACAGGGUACAGAAACGGCAGCAGGAGUCACCAGAACGGCGGAUUAUAUCUGCAGAAGUACCGUGAGGACACCCCGUAUUACUACUCGCCGCUGCCACAGAACCAUAGUGUGUCUGGGGAGGAGGGCGUGAUGGCACGGCCCGGCAACCCCCCAGACGUGUGUCCCACCACCUCGGACUCCCGAAGCACUCUCACACGCCGCUCUCAUCGCUCCCAUCCCGAAGGGCAGAACCAGCGGCAGCAACAACAAGCACCGAAGCAGCAGCAGCAGCAACAACAACAGCAACAGCAACAACAACAACAACAACAAAAGCAACAACUAAGGCAGCAGCAGGUGUCUGACAUGUACCCCAUGGAACCACUGUCAGCCCCUACCGGAGGAUACUUUCACGCCGUCACUGACAACCAACGGCGACACUCUGUGGACGAGAAGCGGCGCCCAGGAACCCAGCCGAGUCACCACCACCACUACCAUCACCACCACACAGAGCAGCAGCUGCUACAGAACCGCGGCUCGCCUAGGACAACGGAAGGCCACGAUGGCAGCCGCCGCCAGCACCACCUCCACAAUCUGGACCAGUUCAACGCGUACAGCCAGAACCACCGCGAAAUUACAGCAGCAAACACAGGCAUGGCUGGCAGUUACGCCACUCUUGGUCCGCGGCGCCUGCAUCACCAACAGCAGCAGCAGCAUGCGGCGGCAACGCAGUUCUCUACGUUGCAGCGACCACUCUCCAAGGCCACGCCGGGUCCUCACAACGGCCACAGGGACCAUCACCGCCACCACGACCAGCGGACAUCGGAGGGUGCUGACGGGACUGGAACGACGCAGGAUGACAGCGGGUCAUCAGGGUACGGUGGCAGCCCUCGCCAAGAAGUAGGUGGAACCUCCGCAGGCGGUGCGGGGGCGCUGGCCUGUCCCCAACCCGCCGAUGCAGCCUCCGCCUCUGCCACCACAUCGACGCUCAGUAGAACUCGGUCUUCCAGUGACCACUCCAAGAAAGGGAAGGGCGACUUGCCCGAGCCAAGGGAAGGCGUUGGGCAGGGAAAGUGAGAAUCGCGUCAGCCUGUCAGCUGGCUUGCGAUAAGACAACAAAAUUCAAGGCCGGGCUGAGAGUUGGGAGGCCCAUCUCUCUCAAACCCUCACGGACUUCCCCAUUGCAUCUCCGCCGCCUCUUUCUUUUCCGACUUUUGCUGCUGCUGUUGCUGCUGCUGCUGCUCCUCUUGCCGCCGCUGCCGCUGCUGCUGCUGCUACCGCUCCUCCACCACGAAUCAACAAGUUAUCCACUUAUAUUAUGUUCUGUACACCGCGACCACAGAUGAGAUGAAGUGCGGGACACAUAAUUUGACACCACUGAUCAAGACAGACCGAGAGAAAGAGAGAGAGGCGACUGUUUGUGUUUUGUAUCAGUCAUCCAUAGGCGGGAGUCCGUGUGGGCCUCGCCGUACAUACAUAGCUUUAAGGCAACGUCAAAAGAGCUUCUUGAUUGCUGUUCCCAUACCACCAAUCACCCUCUCGCCCGCCGCCCUGGCUCCCCCUCUUCCUCUUCAUCCUCUACAAUUUACAUCCUCAUCCCUACCUCGUCCUUCCUCCCUACUCCUUCCUCCUGUUGAACAUGUGUCGUGAAAUGUUCAUAUUUUUGUAAAUGUGUGUGUGUUAGUGGUAGGUUGUGUAUGUUAGCGUUAGGGUGUGUGUGUGUGUGUGUGUGUGUGUGUGUGUGUGUGUG